UAUUUCCAAAGUUGUGUCUGUAAAUUGAUGGCCAGCAAAACUAGGAUUUUGGUUACAUCUAAAAUGGAACACUUAAAGAAAGCUGACAAAAUACUAAUUUUGCACGAGGGCAGCAGCUAUUUUUAUGGGACGUUUUCUGAACUACAAAGUCUACGUCCAGACUUCAGUUCCAAACUCAUGGGGUAUGAUACUUUUGACCAGUUUACUGAGGAAAGAAGGAGUUCAAUUCUAACUGAGACCUUACGCAGGUUCUCAGUGGACGAUGCCUCUACCACCUGGAACAAAGCCAAACAGUCAUUUAGACAGACUGGAGAGUUUGGAGAAAGAAGGAAGCACUCUAUUCUAAGUUCAUUCAGCUCUGUAAAGAAAAUUCCCAUUGUGCAAAAGACUCCAUUGUCCAUAGAAGAAGAAUCUGAUGAUCUCCAAGAAAGGAGACUGUCCCUGAUUCCAGACUCUGAACAUGGAGAGGCCGCUCUGCCUCGCUGCAACAUGAUCACUGCCGGGCCCACGUUUCCAGGCAGAAGAAGACAGUCUGUUUUGGAUCUUAUGACAUUCACACCCAGCUCAGUCUCCAGCAGUCUCCAGAGGACCAGAGCUUCCAUUCGAAAAAUAUCCUUAGCCACUCGGAUAAGCUUAAAGGAAGAGGAUAUAUAUUCAAGGCGAUUAUCGCAAGAUAGCACACUGAACAUCACCGAAGAAAUUAAUGAAGAAGAUUUAAAGGAGUGUUUUUUUGAUGAUAUGGUAAAGAUCCCCACGGUGACAACAUGGAACACAUACCUUCGAUAUUUCACGCUCCACACAGGCUUAUUUGCAGUGCUGAUUUGGUGCGUGCUGGUUUUUCUGAUUGAGGUGGCUGCUUCUUUAUUUGUGUUGUGGUUGCUUAAAAACAACCCCGUUAAUGGUGGAUACAAUGGCACUAAAAUUGCCAAUACCUCCUAUGUUGUGAUCAUCACCAGUUCCAGCUUCUAUUACAUUUUUUACAUUUACGUGGGAGUGGCUGACACUUUGCUUGCUCUGAGCCUCUUCAGAGGUUUGCCCCUGGUGCAUACGUUAAUCACAGCAUCAAAAAUUUUGCACAGGAAAAUGUUACAUUCUAUUCUUCAUGCCCCUAUGUCAACCUUCAACAAGCUGAAAGCAGGUGGGAUUCUUAACAGAUUCUCCAAAGAUAUAGCAAUUUUGGAUGACUUUCUGCCUCUUACCAUAUUUGACUUCAUCCAGUUGCUGUUCAUUGUGGUCGGAGCAAUAAUAGUUGUCUCGGCUUUACAACCCUACAUCUUCCUAGCAACGGUGCCAGGGCUAGCAGUCUUCAUUUUACUGAGGGCAUACUUCCUUCAUACCUCCCAACAGCUCAAACAACUGGAAUCUGAAGGCAGGAGUCCGAUUUUCACGCACCUUGUUACGAGCUUAAAAGGACUGUGGACACUUCGGGCCUUCCGACGCCAGACUUACUUUGAAACCCUAUUCCACAAAGCUCUGAAUUUGCACACUGCCAACUGGUUUAUGUAUCUGGCAACCUUGCGCUGGUUCCAGAUGAGAAUAGACAUGAUUUUCGUCCUCUUCUUCAUUGUUGUUACCUUCAUCUCCAUUUUAACAACAGGUGAAGGAGAAGGAACGACUGGUAUUAUUCUAACUUUAGCUAUGAAUAUUAUGAGUACUUUGCAAUGGGCUGUGAACUCAAGCAUUGAUACAGAUAGCUUGAUGCGAUCUGUGAGCAGAGUCUUUAAGUUUAUUGAUAUACAAACAGAAGAAAGUAUAUGUACCAAGAUAAUGAAAGAACUACAUAGUAAAGACUCACCUAAUGCUUUAGUCAUUAAGAAUGAACAUGUGAAGAAAUGUGAUACCUGGCCCUCUGGAGGUGAAAUGGUUGUCAAAGACCUUACUGUGAAAUAUGCGGAUGAUGGGAAUGCCAUAUUAGAGAACAUUUCUUUUUCAAUAAGUCCUGGCCAGAGGGUGGGGCUCUUAGGAAGAACUGGCUCAGGAAAAAGUACUUUGCUGUCAGCCUUUUUACGAAUGUUGAACAUUAAAGGUGAAAUACAGAUCGAUGGUGUCUCAUGGAACUCAAUGACCUUACAAGAAUGGAGAAAAGCUUUUGGAGUGAUAACACAGAAAGUAUUUAUCUUUUCUGGAACAUUCAGACAAAACUUGGAUCCCAAUGAAAAAUGGAGAGAUGAAGAAAUAUGGAAAGUUGCAGAUCAGGUUGGCCUCAAGUCUGUGAUAGAGCAGUUUCCUGGACAGCUCAACUUUACCCUUGUGGAUGGGGGUUAUGUGCUAAGCCAUGGUCACAAGCAGUUGAUGUGCUUGGCCCGAUCUGUUCUCAGUAAGGCCAAGAUCUUACUGCUUGAUGAGCCUAGUGCCAAUCUAGACCCCAUAACAUACCAAGUGAUUCGACGAGUUCUAAGACAAGCCUUCGCUGGGUGCACAGUAGUCCUCUGUGAACACAGGAUAGAAGCAAUGUUGGACUGUCAGCGAUUUUUGGUCAUAGAGCAGGGCAAAGUCUGGCAGUAUGAAUCCCUUCAGGCACUUAUGAGCGAGAAGAGUGUCUUCCAGCGAGCCCUUAGCUCCUCAGAAAAGAUGAAGCUCUUCUACGGCCGGCACUCCAGCAAGCAGAAGCCUCGGACACAGAUCGCUGCUGUGAAAGAGGAGACGGAGGAAGAAGUGCAAGAGACCCGGCUCUAGCUGGGUGCUGGAGAAGC